CGCGCUCUGCACUGGAGACCUGCGUUUCUCUUUGCAUGAAUAUGUAAUGGGCUGCUUGAGAUUAGGGGGAAGUGGCAGCUCCGCCUCCCCCAUCAGAUGCAGGACCAGAUUAGUUGUGGAGAUGGAACACAACAGACAGUACUGGCAGCAUGACAAUUACCAGCUUUGCUGUGGCUCUUAUUUUUGGGAGCAUCCCUAUAGUGUGCUGCUUCGACAAGCCUUCAAGUACGUCUAUUUACCAUCACCAGCCCUUACGGCCACCGCUUGCCUCUGUCCAGCACCAGCAGACCCACCACUCUCAUCGCCCUUACCACCACCACCACCACCAUACAGGUUGCCCUAAGUACACUGGAAAAUGGGGCUCGGUUGGAGACUUUGUAAAUGUGACAGAGUUUGGCGCGAACUGUUUAAACUGGGUGGAAGUGCCCACUUACUUGGAGAGAACGCCGGGCAAAGGCUUAGGAAACCACAACUUCUGCAGGAACCCGGAUGGGAGGAGUAAGCCGUGGUGCUUCUUCAGGAACAGCCAUGGGAGGGUCGACUGGGGCUACUGUGACUGCAAGCAAGGGUCAGUGCGUCUGCGGAACAGCAAAAGUGAGUCUGAUGGGAGUGCAGUGGAAGUAUAUAUGAACGGUGCCUGGGGGAUCAUCUGUGGCGGCCAAUGGGACGAUAACGACGCAUCAGUAAUAUGCCGUCAGCUUGAGCUUGGAAACAAAGGAACAGCAACAAAGGUGCCAUUAUCUGGUCUUGGCAUAACUUCUUCUUUGUGGAAUGAUGUGCGAUGCCGUGGCAAUGAGGAAAAUAUAUUACAAUGUGAAAAAAACAUCUGGCAGGGUGGGGCAUGUCCACAGAACACAGCAGCUGCCGUCACGUGUAGCUUUACGCAUGCCUCAGACUCUGUUUUUGUCCCUGCCCGUCUGGUUGGUGGGACCUCUGCCUAUGAGGGAAGAAUAGAAGUCUAUCAUUCUGGCCAGUGGGGAACAGUGUGUGAUGACCAGUGGGAUGAUGCUGAUGCCGAAGUGGUCUGUAGACAACUGGGAUUUGGGGGUGUUGCUAAGGCAUGGAAUCAAGCUCACUUUGGGGAAGGCGCGGGCCCAAUUCUUCUGGAUGAAGUUCAGUGUACGGGGAAUGAACUUUCUAUAGAAGAGUGUCAGCGGAGUCCAUGGGGAGAACACAACUGUGGACACAAAGAAGAUGCAGGAGUGUCCUGCACACCACUGGCAGAUGGUGCUAUAAGGCUCGCAGGUGGUAAAGGUAGCCAUGAAGGACGCCUGGAAGUUUUCUAUAAGGCACAGUGGGGAACAGUAUGCGAUGAUGGGUGGACCAACCUGAACACACAGGUGGUGUGUCGCCAGCUUGGGUUCAAGCAUGGAAAGAAUGCAUUAGAAAAUCGCUUUGAAGGAAGCACUGGAGUUAUCUGGCUGGAUGACGUUAGCUGCACAGGAAAGGAGUCCUCCUUUGUCCAGUGCUCUAAGAAAGACUGGGGGAAGAAUGACUGCAGCCAUCAGGAGGACGUCCACAUCACCUGCCAUCCCGACACUGACAAUCACAGGUCAUUCACAGGUCCUCCUCUGAGAUUAAUGGAUGGGGAGACAAAGAAAGAAGGGCGUGUGGAGAUUUAUCUCAAUGGCCAGUGGGGAACUAUCUGUGAUGAUGGAUGGACUGACAAAGAUGCGUCUGUUGUGUGUCGGCAGCUUGGCUACAAGGGUCCAGCAAAAGCCAGAGCAAUGGCUUAUUUUGGAGAAGGAAAAGGCCCAAUCCAUGUAGAUAAUGUGAAGUGUACGGGAAACGAAAGGUCUUUGGCUGACUGCAUUAAGCAAGAUAUUGGACAACACAACUGUCGACAUAGCGAAGAUGCUGGUGUGAUUUGUGACUACUUAAGCAAAAAAACAACAGCAGGUGGGAUUAAAGACACUUCAUCGUUUGUUUGUGGCUCAAGGUUACUGCAUCGUCGACCUAAACGUAUUAUUGGUGGACAAAAUUCUCUAAGAGGCGGCUGGCCUUGGCAGGUAGCUCUGCGGCUGAAAUCAUCUCAUGGUGAUGGAAGGCUAUUAUGUGGAGCUACGCUUAUCAGUAGCUGCUGGGUGCUCACCGCUGCACACUGCUUUAAGAGGUAUGGUAACAAUACCCGUAGCUAUGCGGUACGCGUCGGGGACUAUCAUACGCUUGUUGCGGAGGAGUACGAAGAGGAUUUGGGAAUUCAAGAGAUUAUAAUCCAUAAGGACUACAGACCUGAUGGUAGUGACUAUGAUAUUGCACUUAUAAAACUACAUGGAUUGUUGGAUCAGUGUGUACAGUUUAGUACCCACGUUCUACCAGCUUGUCUACCUCUUAGACGAGAAAGGCCGCAAAAAACUGCACGCAACUGUUACAUUACAGGAUGGGGUGACACAGGACGGGCGUAUUCAAGGACUUUACAGCAAGCCGCUGUGAGAUUACUCCCAAAAAGGACCUGUGAGGAGAGAUAUAAAAGCAGGUUUACCGGAAGAAUGCUUUGUGCCGGAAGUCUGGAAGAACAGAAACACGUGGACAGUUGUCAAGGAGAUAGCGGUGGCCCUCUUGUGUGUGAACGUUCAGGGGGUACUUGGAGUGUCUUUGGGGUAACCUCCUGGGGAUAUGGCUGUGGUGUGAAGGAUUCGCCGGGAGUUUACACAAAAGUGUCUUCAUUUAUACCGUGGAUUAAAAGUGUGACCAAUUUAUAAUCCAAACAGGAACCGAAAAGUUUUCAGAGAAGACUAGACCAAAUUGUCAUUUACCUUUCAAUGUCACCACUGUGCCCCUACGGUGCUGGACUCUCAUUAAGUGUUAUUACCUCAGGGCAACUAGGGAGUGCUACAGUGUUUCUGGUUUAUUGAUUGUCCUGGAACGUGUUUGCUUUUUUUCGUAUAAAUGAAAAAUCCAAUAUGUGUAAAUCUAAACUACUCUGACUUGAAGCAAGGUUAUUGCUACGGAUACAAGUGUCAGGUACUUUUAUUGUGCGUCACAACAUACUAUACAGGUCACUGGCUUAUGAGAGUGCUAUACAAUAAAGACAUCUUGGAUAAAUACUUUUAGUCU